AUGCCAAUCGUUAUGGAAGUAAAAAUGAACAGCAGGGUGAGAGAUGACAAUAGGGAGAAAACGGUGGUUAAGCUUUCAGAUUUUGAAGAAAUAAGUAAAAAUUGGAAUAAAAAUCUUGAAGAAUUAGACGAAGGGAGAACUAUUCAGUUGAAUAAAAAUCUUUUUCCGGAUGUCGGAAUUCACAAAAGUCAUUUAACAAAUCAUGAUUUUAGUGAUAGAAUCUCUGACCCUCUUGAAUUAACCACGAUUUUCCUUUAUUUGAGUUUUCCAACUGCACUUCAAAGGAAAGAUUGUUGA